UUGCCUUGUGUGUAUAAAUUUGUGGAUGGUGCCAGAGAGUUGCCUACAACUGAUAAUAUAGAGACAGGAGGAGAAAAAUCUAAAAAGAAAGAUAAAAGAAAAAAGAUAGCAAAAAACAGUUGAAAACUUUGGAUCUUAAUGAAGAUAUUUGGGAUGAUAAAAAUUUGUCUAAGAAAGAAAAGAAAAAGGUAAAAAAGAUCAAAGAGAAGCCAGAGACCUACAAUGUUUUAACAUUGUUAGAAAAAAAAGUAAAAAAGAAAAAGAAAGGAAUAAAAUCCCAUGGUCAGAACUCUUCAAAUGUUGUUAGUAAAAUUCUUAAAGGUGACACAUCUAUUGAAAGCAGAAAACAGACAAGGAAGGAAAAAAAGAAGAAAAAAGCAAAAUUGAAAGAUUUGUUACCAAUAAAAAAGGAUCAAGAUAGCCUGCCAGUGGAAACCUUAAGUCCCAAAGAAGAAGAAGAUAAAACAAGUGAAAAUGUUGCUAAAGAUGAAUCAUUAAAUCUUAAAGAUAAUGAAGCCAAGUCACCUGAAGAACACCAGUCUCCAGACAAGAUCAUUGAGUUAUUUUGUGAAGAAAAUAUUCCCAGUAGUCCCAGUAAUGAAGAAGCUUUUCAUGUAGACUAUGACCAAGACCUACAUUUGGAAGCAUCCUCAUCUGUGGAUACAGAGACAAUUGAACAAAUGAAGAAAGCUUCACACACUAAUGGGGAUUCUCUUUUUUCAUCUUUGGUUGAAUUUUCAUCACACCUGUCUUUGAUGAAUAGUGAAAACCAAAACAAACCUGAUGUUUACACUGUGUUAGAAAAUACACCUCCAACCACUCCUGAAACUUUAGAAUCUGUGGCUUCUAACUCUCCAGCUUAUGAACAGUAUGGCUCUUCUAUUGAGAGUAUUUGUACAUCGACUGAGACAGAAUCUACUGGUGAAACAAAGACGUCUGUGGUAUUGGAAUGUGAAGAUUCUUAUUCUCAAGAUGACAGCACAUUUCCAACCGUGUGCACUAACAAUGGAAUUGUUAAGGCUGGUGCAUCAGGUUCAACAGGUAAACACAACUGGUCCAACUCUGAUGCUACCCGAGAGUAUCCUUCUAGGAAGUACAGGAAAAAGGCACAUAAACACCACAAAGGAAAACAUUCUCUUAAAAUACCCAGAGAAGACUCUAAGUCUACCAGUUUAUCAAUAAAGCAUGUAAAAAGUAAUGCUGUCAGCACUUCAUCUCCUAGCUGUGAUCCAUCUUCUCGGUCUCAUUGGACACCAAGGUUUAACUUCUGUGUUCCACUUGAUGAUUACAAGGAUGCUGAUGAAAGAAUUGCCAUCCUGCAGGAAAAGUUGUCUGAACUUAAAAAAACAUAUAUGGCCCUGAAAGCUGAAGUUGCUCUGAUUGACAGGCGUAGGAAGAAAGCCAAGAAGAAGGAAAAAGAAGCUGAUGGAGAAGCAUCCAGUGGACCAUCCAGUCUUUCUGUCCCUCUUGCAGAACACCAAUUAUCAUCAUAACAAAACCUGCAUGGCAUUGUUGUUGUUCACAAAUCCCUUGUACAGUUUUUUCACCUUACUGGAGAGCAAAAUUCCUGUUGCUUUGUACAUAAUUUCAUUACAACCUAGUGGUAUCCUAGUCUAGGUUUUAAACAAAAGACGUUUUAUAUCUUUGAUGAAAAUAUGUACUCGCCAGGGUACAGUUUGGUUCCUGAUGUCAAACAAGAACAGUUAUUGGAUGUAUUUAGUCUACUGAGAGUUGACUACUUGAAUGUGACAGGUUAUGUUACAGUACAUCUUCAUUCACUAAUUGAAAUUUGAAUUUUUUUUUCAUCUGUUUGUUUUUGUGUGUGUGUAUUUACUGCACUGUAAAUAAUAUAUAAACAUAUCUAUCAUGUGUAUAUUGUGCAAAUAAGCAUUGAGUUUGCAGUGAAAAAACACAACUUCCCCAGUAAAGAUCAGAUAACUGAAAAAAGAAAUUAUCCACUAUGAUGUUUGCACUGUGUAAUGAAAAGAAAAUUAAGUUAAAACAAAUAUGAAAUUUAAAAAGAACGUGUGAUAUUCCAUUACUCCCAAACCUGUUGCAAGUAGUAGUGUAAUCCAGAAUAAACCUAAUGAUACUAGUAAUUAAUUAUUAUUGAAAUCCUUUUGUUUUGAGUUUUUGUUUUAUAAUAUAAAAAACAUAUCAUUAUUACUUAAAUUUUAAAGGACAUUUCUAGAUAGUUUUUAUCAUUAAUGUUUUUUUUUUAUCAAUUCACCAAACUUAGCAAUGUUUAAAAAUUAUCUGGAAAGGUGAAGUUAGAAAUGAUUUGAGUCGCUCUGUUGAUGGUGUGCUUUGUAUUUUUGUAACCUGGCAAACAAUGUUAUUCAAUCUGAGAUACACAGGUUGAAAAAUUCGACUAGCAUUGUCACUGGAAAUUCAAACAUUUUGAUUCACGCAAUUAAAGGGUUUAUAAGUUACUUCUAGCUGUGAAUGGUCCCAUCUGGAAGUCUCCUUAUAAUCUGUUUUAGCACUGAGCCCAAAUUACAAAUGUUUAAUCAAUUUGAUAUCAGUUUUCAACUCUCAGUAGGCUCUUUGUGGUCAAAUAAUGAAUGAAUGAAAUUAAUAAUUUAUGUAUUUUUAUAAUGAGAUUUUCAACGAAAAAAACAACCAGUUUUAUAUGUCAUCUUUAGGCCAGAAACCUUUUGAAAUUGGAUUUUAUAAUAUAAUUCUCCUCCUUUCUUAAUAGCAAAGGAAACAUUUACAACACAUGCAACUACCAUAACAUAUACAUGUUUUAAAAUUUGUCUUUAAUUGUUUAACAAUCAAGAGUCCACUAAGACCCUACCUGCCAAGACUUUCUUUUGUUAAAAUGUUAACUGUUUUAAUGGCUUUUAGAUUGAUUUUUUAAUAUAUUUUUACAUCAAGGAGGAUAUUCCUCCAUUCACUUUUAGACAGACUUCUUUCUCUGAAAUUCCAGGUAGAUAUUUUUUAAUAACAAUGUUAUGACUGUCUUUUGGAAUUUUGAAUAGACUAUUUUAAACAGUGUUUGGUCUUAAAUUGGAAAGUUCUAGAUGUUAUGUAGGUAUUUCACUUCACCCCUUUCUGUGUUUUCAUCAUGUGAGUCUAUGCUUGAGAAAGUAAGUUGAAAUUGUUCAUAUUUUUCUACUUGUGUAAAAACUUUCAACUUUUUUUUUAUUUUAUGUAAUAUUUACCAUUGUUUCUGUUGUCCCGUAGAAGAACAGGUGAAAAUGUGGAUAAACAGUUGUUUUUGAUAUUGUAAUAGUUAAUUAAGUUUAAAGAAUUAUCUACAUGUGGCAUUACAACUAGUGAAAGUUGAAAUGUUAAUUUAUCUAGACAACUUGAGCCAACACACGUCUUAUAUUAAGGGCAGAGAACUAGAAGUACGUAUAAGUUCAUCACACUAUAUAUUUUUCAGUGUUCUGUAGUGAUCAGAACAGGUUAGUCAGUAUGGAAACACUACAUGAUUAGAGACUCGAACUUGGGUCAGUAAGGUAUAAAACGAAAUUUAAACACAUUGUGGAUUUGAGCAUUACAUUUCUGUUACUUUGUUCAAUAUGUUACCGAUUUUUUGCAGUGUAUUCAGUUUCUGUAAUAAUUGAAGUACAAUAUCCACAUGUUUUGAUUAUUUACAAAAUGGUCUGCAAAUAUGUUCCAGUAAUAAAUAAAUAAAUAAGAACUGGACUUGGUUGAAACAGUUAAGUGCGUUUCUAAUUCUUAUACUUGUAUGUUGAUAAUUUUGAACAAGAUAAGUUUGCGAAUGAAAAACGUGUAGAAGUUUUAAAGUUUUACAUUGUUAUUGUUUUAUUUACUGGUAGAAAAGUAUCCAAUAUAAUUACAACAGUUUUUAAGCACGGUGACUAUUUUACCAACUGAUUUUAUCAGUUUCUAAAAAGUUUUCAAAAUUUCAGAUGUGAAAAAAAAGAAUUAAAAGUUUACUCUAUGUUUAACCGUAUGUCCUCUGUCCUCGUAGUUUCUAUGUAAAAGAAAUGAAAUUUGUAUUAAGGAUCAGUAAGAAUCUAUGAAUGUUCUUUUUUGUAUAAUUAGAAAAGAGAUUUCUUUUGUUGUUUUGGUACUUCCUAAGGAGGAACAAGUUAUUAGAAACGUAUAAUCAACUUUAGAAAUUUAUUACAUAAAGUGAAAUAACAAACGUAGAAAUAGCUUGAUUGAUAUACCAAGUUUAGAAGUUUAUUACAUAAAAUGACAUACCAAAUGUUGAAACAGGACACUUGGUAGAUAUAUCAAAUUUAAAAGUUUAUUACAUAAAAUGUUGAAACACCUUUACUUCUACAAUUAACACUCCCCCCUCCCCUAAAAACAAUUUUUUUUUUGGCGCGCACAAUUCUGUGACCACAAAAUCUCUGGAAUAUUUUAUAGCCAGUUAUCUACUCUGAAAACAAAAUAAAAGUUUAAUUCUCAGUCCUUUAAAUUAACAACAAAAAAUACGAAUUGGAAGUUUAUUGUGUAUUGUUUAUGAUGCAUGAAGUACCUAAAAAUAACACAUGAUGCGUGAUUUUAGAGGUGAAAGGUUGGUUUUAAAACUUUCGUACGAAACAGUUGUGUAUGCUAAUUUGAUAAACGUUUAAUGGAAAUGGCCUUCUUAUUUAUUAGUACGUUGAAAAUGUAAAGUCAUGUCAGUAUAUGUAAAUAAAUAGUUUCUUACAACC